AUGCAGAGCAUGCAGCGAAAGUUCGGGCGCAUGACCACCAAACGGUCUGCCGAUGACAGCCAGGUGGCCGUUCUUUUGAAAGAUCUCGAGGAUGCUGAUAAUCUUUUGACCAAGAUUGUCGAUUCCACCAAGGCCUGGCGCGAUGCCUGGGUGUCGAUUGCAACCUUCCAGAGUCGCAUGAUCGACGAGUUCGACGGUCUCUAUGCCCCCAUUGUCGGCUCCAGCGAAACCGAGACAUUUCGUCGCCCGGUGGAUACCAACCCCGCGCUUCUAGCCCGGACCAACAGACUGCGAAGAGAAUAUGACGAACUGCGCGGGGAUCUGCAACAGGAGCUUGAUACCGUCGAAACGCGCAUAACACAGCCUGCCGAGGAUGCGAAGAACUACAUUAUCCCAGUCAAAAAGACAAUCAAGAAGCGCAAUGAUAAAAAGUCCGAUUUCGAGCGCUACCAAAGCAAAGUCGAUAGCCUCAUGACAAAGGGGAAGCGGAACGAUCGCGAUAAUGCGAAUCUGGCCAAGGCGAAUUCCGACUUCGCUGUUGCGAAAGAGGCAUACGUCGCAGCAGACGACGACUUGCGCCGACGCCUCCCAACCCUCAUCUCCCUCCUCUUCUCCCUGGCGCCAUAUUUCCUGAGAGCGCAGGUCGAGAUUCAGAACCGCAUGCUAGCGCACUACUACACCGUGCUACACACCUACUGCGAAGAAGAGGGACUUCCAUCCCCAUCCCCACCGAUGGACCAGGUGAUCCAGGAAUACGAACUCGCCAACAACCAAGCAAAGGACGAUAUUGAGAGCUUGAAUUGUCUCGCCCAGGGCAAAGCUAUCCGACAAUCGGAUCCCAACAACCCCGAGAACAAACGGCCCUCUGUCGGCAGCAAGCGGCCUUCACUGACCUCUCGGCCCUCCCUGGCAUCUAUCAAAAGCCACGCAAGCAGCACUUCCGGAUUCUCCAUAUCCGCAGCUCGCAAGCCCUCCUUCGCGCCCCCAAUGCCAGGCAACAAGCCCUGCGGGACUGAAUAUCGCUCCGUAUCUCCAACAUCAUCAUACAUGACAGCACGCGGCUCCGUCUCGCUCGCCAGCUCCUCGGGAACAUCCCCUCUUCCCAGCGGAGACGAUUACUACGAGCCCUCAAUGCCAGCACCAUCCCCAAUGCCAAGUCCAUAUCAUCAACCAGUCUCCCAUGUCCCAGUAUCGAUGUCCCCCGCUGGUCCCAAGAUCGACCACAUGCAGUAUACAACCAACUUGCGCAACCCAAGCACACAGGACAUAACCUCAGCAAUUGCAGCAAAGAAGAAGCGUCCGCCGCCCCCACCACGCGGUGCCUCCUUCGUCACUGCUCUGUACGACUUUAACGGACAUCAGAAUGGAGACUUGGUUUUCCACGAAGGAGACCGGAUCAAGAUUGUCACCAAGACGCAGAGUACGGAUGAUUGGUGGGAGGGUGAGCUGCGUGGUAAAAAGGGACAGUUCCCUGCGAACUAUGUGGAGUGA